UAAGUUACAUAAAUAGACACUACGUAAUCGCCGCGAUAUGGUAAACACAACGUGCUCUCAGUGUCAAACACGAGCCGGCUUGAGACAGACGUGUGUUAUAGUGUUUAUAUAAAUGAACCAAUGGAUUUCACGGGAAAAGUCGUUAUAGUGACAGGGGCUAGCUCCGGUAUUGGAGCAGUCACCGCAAAAAUGUUCGCCGCCCAUGGAGCCACUCUCACAUUAGUGGGCAGAGACGAAGCGAGACUCCAAGCCGUGGCCAAAGCUUGCCAAGAAGCCAAAGGAAUCAAACCGCUACCAGUACAAUUAGACUUAACUGCGGUCAACAGUUGCAUUGUAGUCGCUCAGAAAACUGUGGAAAUUUUCGGACGAAUAGACAUACUCAUCAACUGUGCUGGAAAGAUUGGAUUAACCUCGCUAUUUGACGCAAACAUGGUGACUUUUGACGACCUGUUCGCGAUCAAUCUCCGUGUACCGUACGAGUUAACUCAAAAGUGUUUACCAUAUUUAGUGAAAACUAAAGGACAUAUAGUGAACGUGUUCUCAGCUCCUAUCCGGGCGCGGCCAGGUUUUGUGACAGGCAGCAUGAUUGCCGAAGCGCUAGAAAGAUUUACAAAGGUCAGCGCAGUAGAACUAGCACCGGAGGGAGUUAAGAUGAAUGCAGUAAGACCGGGUUUGACUAGAACCAACAUAUUGAAAAACAUAAAUAUAGAUGAAGAUGAAGCAAACGAUAUGUACGAGGCUCUAGCCGGGAUGGUGCCAAGCAGACAGAUUAUAGAGCCAGAUGAAGUGGCUAGAAUGGUUUUGCUAGCCGCUAGUGAUAUGUUCCCUAAUUUGAAUGCAGCUAAUCUUGUGGUAGAUGGAGGUGCAUCUGUGGCGUAAAAUAACUUAAGAAUCAAUUUGUGGUAUUAUAUAUUGCUGUGCUUUUGUUUUGAAGAAAUUUGAUAUGAAGUAGGAUAUUUGUCUGUUGUUGUUGAAAGGUGGUGUCGAGUUCUCGAAGAUAGGGUUAUUUGGCUGUGACUUUUAAUAUUUUCGAUAACUUUCUAACGGAAAAGUUCCCAUCAGAAUAAUCUUAAUAACACUUGUAAUAAACCACAAGUACGGUUUGGUAAAUCCACGACUGUAGAUAAUUAUCGAACAAAUUAUUAAAAUCUUAUCGAAGACAAGAUAAGUUAUCUUCAAAUGUAAUAAAGAUACUGCAGUUUUAGCCUUUAUGGGAUAGUCGUUAGUUAACGCGCUAGUAGAAUGUUUUUUUUUAAUGAACAAUUAUAUUGAAAUAAUUGUGAUUCGUGGUAUUUGACUCAGGAAUAAUAUAAGUGACCAAUGAUUGUUCCUCGACAAUAAACCUUCUUGGAAGUUGGAAGAAAGAUAAGAGAUAUUAGUUUGCAAUGAAAAAAAAAAUUGCAUGGUUUUGCUAAAACAGCUGCAUAUUAAUCAAACGAAUACAAAGAUUGCUGCUCAGAGCAUAAUAUCAAUUAGUGAGAUAAAGAGGAUAUAUGGAAGUAUUUUGUUUAUUAAAGAUAAUCAAGUAACAAGUCGUUGGUACGCGGUAUCUGUGUAACUGUACUGAGACUGAUUAAGAGUAUAGAUAGUAAAAACACUAAUUGGAUACCCACUGUUAGGGAUAAUACAUUAUUUUUGCAUAUACCUAAGUAGUUUUUAUUUCUUAAAAAUGUUUUUCGUCUUGUUUUAUGUGUUGUAGGUAUUGUUUUAUCAUAACAACCUUGCACGUAAAUCUUAUCUGACCUGUUUGGUUGUUAUGUGCGGUUGAACAGGUUUUUUCUACCAGACUAGACUUAGACCAAGAUAAGUCUGCAACGAUUUAGAUAGCGCACGCAGUGCAAGUGUUAUUUUAAACGUCAAACUGCUAAGAAAUUAUGACGUAUAAAUCUAUCUAUCGUCUAUCGAAAUCGUUGCAGACUUUUCUUGGUCUAGCUGUAAUAAAUAUUUCCAUGCGAAGAUAUUUU